CUCCCCUCUCCGCACCUGUCAACCCUGCAGGGGCCUUCCCCGGUUCUGCAGAAUGGCAGGGGCGCACCCCGAAAUCGUCGUUAUCUCGUCCUCACCUCCUGAGGACGUCGGCUCAGCCCCGCGCCCGCUGAGCCCUCUCUCGCCCUCCGAUCGACGCGUCCCUAUGGGCGCUAUUUCGCCCCUGUCGCUCUCUCCUGGAGUGUCUCCAAGGAGGGAGGCACUCGGCACGUCAAAGGCAGCCCCGGGAGCUGCUGCUGUCCCCGCGGACAUCGCGAGAGGGUUCGCCACUGCCCGCAGCGUCCUGCAAUUGGACGAGGAUUUCAAGACGAUACAAGAAGCUCUGUCACGGCAGACCCUCGCGGAGGGCUACGAAGGCGAAGACGAAUCUGCGAAGAAACCGAAGCGGCGAGUCACGAAGGCUACCGCCAACGGUGAUAUCGCGGAGUCGAAGCCGAAGCUCCGAGAGCGAAAGCCAGUCAAGCCUCGAAUCCAUCGCACAACAACCGACUCCGGCAGCGAGCUACCACCCAAGCUCAAUAACAUUAGGGCUAGCAAGCCGAAGGGUCCCACAAGAUCUGCGGCAAGGUCGCACAGGACGGAUACUGGCGUUCUGUCUGAACAUUUCCGGAAAGGCAAGGACGCUGGUAGUGCAGCCGACGCCGAAACUGAAGAAUCGGAGCCGCUUCCGGGCGCACGCAUGCACAAACCUCGUGAGAAUGAAGACUCUAUCUGGGAUGUCCCAUUGAGCCCUUCCAAUCAGAACUUCGCUCCUGUCAAGAAGCGACCGUCAGGCACCAUAAACCAACCGCUAGAGCUAGAUGAGGCAGUACAUCGACGCCGUGAUUGGACUCCGCCCGCGGACACUGUGGAUACCGGUGCGCAUGACAUGCUUGCAGAUUUACCGGGCAAAGAGAACAAGCCUUCUGCCGCCCAGAUGGAGACUGGUGAAUUCACCAACAUGCUCUCCGGUUACACUUAUACACACCUAGACCUCACCUCAGACACCAUAACAUCAAAGUCAACCCGCUUUGAGGUCGCGGGCAGCACGAAACGGCGCAAGGUCGAACUCGUUGAGGUCCGCGGCAACCAGGCCGCCCCGCGUCCGCCAUCUCCAGAGAAGGGGAGAGCAUCGAAGAGGAAAGCCCGGACUAUCACCGAUCUAGUAACCCGCCAAUACAUUCCCAAGGACCCCAACGCAGAGGCGACUUCCGUCACUAGCGACUUUUUCGCCCCUCGCACCACAACAACGAAAGUGCCACUGAACGACUCAACCGAGCACGACGCUACCAACCCCACCAAGCCGACUCGCAAACGUUCAUCGUCGAAGACCGCAUCGGGAAAGGGUGAAAUGACAACGAAGCUGAAGAAAGCCUCUGCCAAGGCUGGCGCUGAACCCAAAAUGGUCGCCACCAAACUACUCAGUCCUUCGUCUGCCGUGAUGAAACUCAACAGGCAAGACGUUCUCUUUGGAACUUCGAGUCAACUCGCUCUCGAUGAAUCACCCACCACCGUUCGAGGCAUUCAGCAAGCCAUUCGUGCAUCUGAGGAUGAUGCCCAGAUGCAGGAAGGCGCGGCCUCCGAUGCUUCUUCUCGCCGCGCGAUGUGGCCACGACUGGACCAGGCAGCAAGCAACCGAAGCCUCUGGGAUGCCGGUUCCAGAGAUGAAUACGGUCAACUCCUCGAGAAGCAAAACGACGUCUACAUGCCGGACCCCGACCGCACCCAGGACUUUCCUCUCUUCAUAGAUGGCGCAUGCGACGAGCGCGAUAGCUCCUUCGUCCACAUCGACGACUUUAGGCCGCCUACUUCGAACGGGACCUCGACCAAUUUUCCGACUGCCCCUGCUAUGAAUGCAGCUGAUCCCAUCGAUUCCCCAAGCCGUGUUGAAGAGAACGCCACGUCAUUUGUCGACAUCGAGGACUUCCCACAAGAGCCACCGCCUUCAAAUCAGCAUGUAGACUCGAGCUUCGCCGACAUCGAUGACUUUCCUCCGUCCGCACAGCCGUUCCCUCGUCCUACCUCCGCACCGGCUGCGGCCUGGGGCACCCCUAAGAAGCGCCGUGGUGGACCGCCGAAAGCAAAGGCUAAGCCAAAGCCAGACUCCGCUCCGCCAACGCCACCACGCACAAAGGGUCGGUUCGCCAACGUGGAAGAGAUUCUCGACUCGGAGGAUGACGAAGCUUUAUCCCCCACUCCCCCGCGCGUCGGCAGACUAGUAGAUUCGCCUCCGCCGCCGCUCUCGCCGAGCCUUCCCGACGAGCCGGAUGAUCUCGUUCCUAUCUUCCGCAUCGAAGCAUUGCUGCUAGAAUGGGUCAAUCUGAAACCCAUAGUUUCCAGCGAGAUUAGCAAGGAGAUCGGAAACCUCGCCCCAUCCGAUGAUCCCUUCGUCAUGAACUGGCGUGAGAAGAUGUUUUCGUUCUAUCCCUUCAUCCUAGAGGACUUCACCAACUGGCUCAACAAGACGACAUUCAUUAGGACGUACAAGCGCGCCACGCAAAAGCAGUACAAGACAUGGCUUAGAUACGCGAGGGUUCACGAAGAGAAGCCGCGCGUUGCUGCGGGCCAGGUGCUGGCGGUGAGGAAAGACUUAGAAACGUGGAUGGUAAGGAGGUGGUGCGAGGAGAUGGGCAUUUGCGUCAUCACCAGGGCGAACAAGGCAGGCGGAGCGCGCCACCCGCUGCGUAAGGGUCUUUUCUAGGUGGUUCAUGCAUUAGGGGUCUCGGAGGCUUCUGGUGGGGUUUACGCAUGUGGAGAUGGUGAUGAAAAGAUGAGGGUAAUGUGUAUAUGGGUCACGUGAACAUGUGUUAUGAAUGAUGAGUAUGAUAGAUGAGUAUCUAGUAGCUCCUCUCAGAGCGAGCCAAUCAAGCAAUAUGUCAUAG